CGCGCCGACAGGCGAGAGGAUCUCCGCAAAAAAGGGCACCGACAGCCGCACACGCCUGGCGUGGAUCCGCACCUGCGCUCAGCAACACCCACUGUGGAUUUUAGUGCGAGGGACAGAAGUUGAGGACGCCGCCACACGGUCAGACGUUUGUGAAAGGAGAAGUGUCAGUGUUUGAAGAUGAUGUCCAUGCAAACAGUGAAUGAGGCCAACAGUGUGGUGAAGGUGGCCGAGUGGCAGCAGACCUACUAUGCAUCGGACUCCGGCAUCCAAUCCGGCGCCACCACGGUGCGGGAUGAUGACAGCAGUACUGGAUACAGUGGCAGUAAGAAGUACACAAGCGUUACAACCAGUACUACCACUGCACCGGCAACAGCCACCGGUGAAGGAGGAGCAACCGGCGGACAAGAAGAUUUAGACGCUCAGUACUCACUAACCCGGGCUCAGCGUGUCAGGGCUGCCAUGUUCCCAGAGACGCUGGUGGAGGGAGAGGCAGCCAUUCCGGCCCAAGCAGAUCCCGUGCAGCAGAGCAACGUGCAAAGACUGGCGGAGCCCUCCCAGUUGCUAAAGACAGCCAUAGUCCACCUGAUCAACUACCAGGAUGAUGCAGAGCUGGCAACGAGGGCCGUGCCGGAGCUCACUAAGCUGCUUGCAGACGAUGAUCCGGUCGUGGUGAACAAGGCCGCCAUGAUAGUCAACCAGCUCACCCGCAAGGAGGCCAGUCGCCGGGUGCUGGUGCAGUCCCCGGCCAUGAUAGGAGCGGUGGUCCGGGCCAUGACGACGGCGGUUGACAUGGAGACGGCUCGCUGCACGGCGAGCAUCCUCCACAGCCUGUCACACCAGAGUGAGGGACUGCAGGUCAUAUUCAAGUCCGGAGGAAUACCAGCGCUGGUUCGCAUGCUAAGUUCACCCGUGGAGUCCAUUUUAUUUUACGCCAUAACCACCCUUCACAAUCUCUUGUUGCACCAAGAGGGUGCCAAGAUGGCUGUGCGUCUUGCUGAUGGCCUGCAGAGGAUGGUGCCCUUACUGAAGAAGAGCAACCCCAAGUUCUUGGCCAUCACCACAGACUGUCUGCAGCUUUUGUCUUACGGCAACCAGGAGAGCAAGCUCAUCAUACUUGCCAAUGGCGGUCCAGAUGGUCUGGUGUUCAUCAUGAGGAACUACAAUUAUGAAAAGCUGUUGUGGACCACCAGUCGGGUGCUCAAAGUGUUAUCUGUUUGUCCCAGCAACAAGCCCGCCAUCGUUGAAACUGGCGGUAUGCAGGCUUUGGGUCAGCAUCUCACUGGAUCAAGUCAGCGUCUGAUUCAGAACUGCCUAUGGACGCUCCGGAACCUGUCAGAUGCCGCAACCAAGCAGGAAGGCUUGGAUGGUCUGCUGCAGAUAUUAGUCACCCAGCUCGGCUCCGAUGAUGUCAAUAUGCUGACCUGCGCAACAGGCAUCCUGUCCAACCUCACCUGUAACAACUCCCGCAACAAGACUCUGGUCACCCAGUUUGGCGGUGUUGAGGCACUGAUCCAUGCUGUGCUGCGUGCUGGCGAGAAGGAGGAUGUUGCCGAGCCAGCGGUCUGCGCCCUGCGUCAUCUCACGUCCCGCCACCAAGACGCUGAGCUGGCCCAGAAUGCUGUGCGUCUGCACUAUGGUGUCCCCGCUGUUGUCAAGCUGCUGGGACAACCUCACUAUUGGCCCGUCGUGAAGGCUACUGUUGGCCUCAUCCGAAACCUCGCACUGUGCCCAACCAAUCAAGCCCCCCUUAGGGAUGCGGGGACCAUCCCGCGAUUGGUCAACCUGUUAUUAAAAGCUCACCAGGACACACAAAGGCACGCCUCUUCAUCCCAGCAGACAUAUCAGGAUGGUGUUCGUAUGGAGGAAAUUGUAGAGGGCUGCACUGGUGCACUUCACAUUCUGGCCAGAGAUCCUAUAAACAGAGGGGAGAUUGCCAGCAUGCAGACCAUACCACUGUUUGUGCAGCUGCUUUACUCGUACGUGGAGAACGUCAAGCGGGUUGCUGCCGGAGUUCUGUGCGAGUUGGCGCUGGACAAACAUUCUGCAGAACUCAUCGAUGCCGAGGGAGCGUCCGCACCGCUCAUGGAGCUGCUGCACUCCAACAAUGAGGGAAUCGCUACCUACGCUGCAGCAGUGCUGUUUCGGAUUUCGGAGGACAAGAGCUCGGAUUACAGGAAAAGAGUGUCGGUGGAGCUUACGCACUCGCUCUUCAAACACGACCCCACUGCCUGGGAAAUGGCCCAUUCAGUUGCCCUGGAGCCCGCAUACUUGGCUGAUGAGUUAGAUGGGGCCUACCCUCCCUAUGGCUAUGCUGAGCUUCCCCUGGACACUCUGCCAUUAGACCCUGACCUCCAUGAGACCUACAUGCCUGAGAUGAGCCACGACCCAAGGCAGGCCUACCCUGAACCACUCUAACAGGAACACAACAUGGAAUCCAAUCGAUGAUCAAUUGAACAAAUCACACAAAGAAAGGACUGGAAGAUAUGGAGGAAGAAAGCGACUGAAGGUCUUAAUGACAAGGAGAAUCAAGACUUUUCAACCUUUUCCAAGGCGGAAAAAUAUCCCGUUUGGCAAUCAAGAACUUUCGGAAGACAGUUUUUUUGACGGAGGUGUAUUGUUGGUGUACAUAACACAACUGUUACUUUGCUAUGUCGUUUUACAGUGGGGUGAAAGUGUACGUGGGGCAGUUUGGCACUAUUUAAAGCAUCGUCGGCAAGAAUUUAUUUCAUCAACAGUUCGGGACAAUGCGAGACGGGCGGAAGGUGCAACUAGCAAACAGAUUUUUAGCUUGGAUUUUCCAAACGAAAAGGCAGAAGUAAGUAAGAGGUUCCUUGGAUUAACAGAGCUCUAAUUGUGUUGAACUAUUAUCUAGAAAAUUAUUUUUGUUUACUUAACAUCCAGCAAACAAAUUUCGGUUACUGACCUGUGGAUGUAAUGUUACAUGGACUAACAUUAUUGUCGGUCUCAUUUGCGACCAAACGCUAGCCGUGUAUCCCUGCUGUCUUCUAGAUGUCUCCCCUGUGUAUUACCUGGUGCACACGUCCCAGGGUGUCCAUAUGUGGUUCUUGCAUGGUAGUGUGAUGUGUCGACAUUGACAAAUUGUUCACUUUUGCAUUCAAACACGUGGACAUGCCUUCGCAAUAUGUUGACCGAUUUAAAAGAAAAAACGAACAAAAGACAUUCAAACAUUCUUCGGCCAUGAAGAAAACAAAAGUCUACCGUAUUUCUCGGACUGUAGGGCGCGCUGCCGAUGAGCGGGUCUGUUGAUUAUAAGGCAUUAACCCUGUAAGACCCAAAUAUAGAAAAACCUAAAAAAAUAAAUAAUUUGACCUUUUAGAUGUUGUUGUCGGAGGCAUUUGAACACAACACAAGGGUAGAACGUAUACUAUCCAUGUAUAGAGAAAAUACUUCAGGCAGUGAUGUAGUGGAGGGAAUACAACCUGUUUUGAGCCCACUUCAACAAGCCAGCAUUGUGACUAGCACAUUCACCCAGUGUUGUAUAAUUGCAACAAUUAUAUAACAAGAUCUAAAUGAAAUUUCAUACAUCUGUUCCACAAUAACAACCGUAUUUUUCGGACUAUAAGUCGCAGU